UACCAUCCUGUCAGACGGGUUUACAACACUUGUCGGAGCGUUCGCAGGCCUCAGUCGACGAUUGUAUAGCGUAGGAAGGGACAGUUUUCACCAUGCAAGCAUAUAUUCGAAAUGCGGAAAGAAAAUGGGAGCCAAUUUUCAGAAACAUCAUGCGUUUUCGUGACUCAAACGAUACAGAUGGUCCACCAGGUUUCACAAUCCUAGAGCUCCGGGAUUAUAUUAAAGAAGUUUUAAAAAAGAAGAUUUCAGAUGACGAAGUCAAGGAUAUGUUCCUCGAUCUGGACGUCGAUCGACAGAACCAUGUCACACAGACUGUAUUCGUUAAGGAGAUGAGUAAACUCCCAAGACAAGAGGCCUUUCAACACGCAUUCGAUAUGCAGGACUACAACAGGGACGGCUAUCUCGGUGUGGACGAAAUAAAGGUAGCGUUGGACAUGGUCGGAGUUUCAGAAGAGCGUGCAAUGAAGUUCUUUAAACAAGUGGAUUCUAACAAGGACGGCACCAUUUCCAGAAAAGAGUUCAUGAAGAUGGUGUAGUAGUUAGUGACACCAUCUCUCAGCAGAGGAACAUUUUACAAAUAUUUGCUUAACAUUUCUUGUGGAUGUCGUUGGAGCGAAUGUCGUUGCUCGAAGUAAUGUUGACACUAUAAGCGAUAUAUAUACACAUAUAAAUUAGGCGUUUAGUUUUUCUUUGAACGUUUUUGCUUUACUUCUGAUAUCAGCGACCAUUAAGAUUAUUAUCCAUUGAACAAGCAAAUCAUGUCUUGCCAUGUACAUACUAAUAUUCGUUGUGGGUUGAACCACCCCGUCGAUCAAAUGAUACCACCAUUUCCGACAAUCUUUCAUGUGGUGUUGAAACAGGUUUGUAAUUUAUAAGAAUGUUCUUGUUUGUGUAGAACUACUACGCAUUGCACUUCAUCUACUGAACAUGGACUGUCUUGUACUUUUGUGAGCAAUUUUUGCUGGUGAACGGAGGGAACAUCACAUUGCUUGUGUCUCCGUGUUAAGAUUGUGUCUGCUAUUUUGAAAAAGGCUAGUGUUUAUGGCCAAUUGCACUGUCAUGGUCCCCUGAAAAAGUUUGCUUAAUGCAUAGCCAGUCUUGGUGCUAGGUUAAUUCUGACUUGUAGCUAUCCAUAACCGUGAUUUAUAUACGUUUGUAUUCAUUUUUGAUACAAAAUAAACUAGAUAUAUGCUCAGUAAA